GAGAGAGAGAGAGAGAGAGAGACAUACACACACACACACACACACACACACACACCCUCCAGAGAGAGGCGGUUUUCAUUCGGAAACCGGCGGGACCGUGAAUGCACGCGCGCGGACGCAGUAACUUCGCCGGGCCGGAAAAAAAACCCGCACCGAUAUAUUUUCGCUUGUUACGGCUUCUAUUAAUUAUCUGGACUUUGGCACUUGCCGAUCAUUCACAGCUUCACCCUACAGUUUCAGCAAAGACCUGAGAGCAGAGCUUCCAUCCCGAUCCAGCUCCUCUCAGUGCUCCAGCCGGAAUCAUGUCAGAAUACAGCUCUUUUCUGAGCGACCUGUGCGAGAACAUCACUAACGAGGAUCUGGAGCAGCUGAAGUCGGCCUGCAAGGAGGAUAUCCCUGAAGACCAGAGCAACUCCAUUACAUCCUCUAAAGAGUGGUUCAGUUACCUGGAAAAAAAUGAUAAACUAGCUCAGGAUAAUCUCUCCUAUAUUGAGCACAUCUUUGAGAUCUCACGGCGGCCCGAUCUUUUGACCCGGGUCAUCGAGUACCGCACGACAGUGCUCAAGAUCUCAGAGGACGAUGAAAUUGACACCAAACUCACACGAAUCCCAUCGGCAAAGAAGUACAAAGAUAUCAUUCGCCAGCCUUCAGAAGACGAGAUAAUCAAGCUGGCCCCUCCCCCCAAGAAAGUCUGAGGUUGAAGUUUGUGACCUUUCCUUUUUUUUUGUCCAUGGCACUCCACUUUGUCAAAACGUCUUCAGCGCCCACCUUUAAACCACGCCUUGUCCCACUCACUCACCACAAGCCGCCACCCAAACCGCUAAACAGCCAAUUGGAAUUGACGAACAUGUCAAAGCAACAUUCAGAACCCUGGAGGCUCAAGAAGUAUAGAAAUUCGGAAGAAGGUGAAAGAAGAAGUAAGAGAACGAAAGAUGGAAUGGACCAGUAGUUAGUGUUUGCCAUGAGUGUCUUCGAGAUUGUGUUUCCCUGCUAUGGGAAAUUGUUGUCAGUGAGUAUGUAAGCUCAUGUGAUAUAGAAGCGAAUGUGAGUGUGAGUGCAAUGGAAUUGUUGAAUGCAACAGUGUAGUCCAAGCAACCCGUGUAACUGAGUCCUCUUCAGAUAUCUUAUAUGGUGAUCAAUCUUCCAGCCUGUUUCUUUUACUCAAUGCUACACUGAGUAGUAGUAUAAGUGCAGUUCACUUGGCUGUAGAGUCCCUUUAAAACUCACAUGUUUAAAACUCACCUGCAAAAAAUGUCUCAUCAUAAUGGAGUGAAAUUUGAUAGAAAUCAUUUGAUAGUCGCAAAGGCAACAUUUGCCUUAAAUAGAGACACAAUAUAAUGUGCACAUGAUUAGAUCUGUUCAAGUGUAAAUUAUUUUUAGGAUUUCUUCUGUUUAUUUAUCCUAAGCAUUGUAAUGAAUCCAUUUAUGACAUAUCAUAAAUAGAUUAUACAUUGAAUAUCGAACAUAUCAUGACGGUCAUGUUUCCCAGAGUGUGUUUCCUCGACAUUAAUAAGAAUGCCCAUCUUAAACAAGUACUUCAUUAGCACAUGUGUAUUGGGAUUUUUGGUUUAAAUACCUCUGACAUAAACAGUGUUUGUGACCGGGGAUUAAACAAUGAUCGAAAACACAUCAUUCCAUGUGAUCUUUAUUGGCUUUUGUGCUCAUAAAAUGACAACUUUUGCACAAGCACAGGGCUUGUUAGGGAAUCGUAUAAUGUUGAGUGUGUAUAUUCUUUCAAAUCAUAGACUGUGAAUGAGUUAUUUGUUCUAUAUAUUUAUAUUUAAAAAGUCAUAUGAUGUAUAAUUAGAAAUCUAAAAAAAAAUUAUUACAUUAUGAUGACAUUAGCAUUACAGUUAACAAUGGGAUUAUUCAUUAUUAUAUAAUUUGUAUCACAAGCACUGACUACAGUUGGGGUAACAGGGGUGAACAAAUCACAAAAUUAUUAGCUGGUCCCCCAGAAUAGUGGAAGCGCUAAUGUGGCCAGGAAAUGUUGGUUUUGGUUGACUGUAAAUUGGCUAAAAUCCUGUGAAUAGGUUAAAAAGUGGUAACAUAAUGUAAAAGCAUAUUGUUGAGGAUAUAAAAUAUAACUGUAGCUCCUUAUCCUUUAAUAAGAUUAGCUAAACAUAAAAAUCAAAUGAAGACUGUUUUAUAAAUUCAGAAAUUACUUAAGGUUUUAUUUGCUUGUCUUCUGGGCAACUAAGGAAAAUAAUAAGCAAAUAGCUCAGAAAAUCUGCUUGCCCUGGGCUUGUGAUUUGUCCAGCCCUGGUUAACAAUAAGAUAAAUCAUUAACAUCAACUAAAUGAAAUUCCUAACAAAAACAAUAGAGUUUCAACUCUGUUGGUGCUUGGACCCCUAAUAAAUCAUCAGAUUAAAUACAGGAAGCGAAAAUGAGUUGACAUUAUUGCAUUACUGUUCUCUGAUCCAAACCUUCAUCCUCCAAGCCAUCAUAUUAUAUUGCCCAGUUGCAGAAAGACUGUUGAUUUUAAAUACAAUAUUAGCUAGAUCACUGUGUCUCUUUUGCCCAGCCUCAACAGACUGUUGCUUUUGCUAUGCUAAAUACCAGUAUGCAUUCAUAUGACAUCAAGUGCUAGAAUUAUUGACGAGAAAAUAAUGUGUUUUUGUGUGUAUGCGUUGGUGGUGUACUUUUUUACAGCUUGCAUUAAAUGUUAGCACUUGCAGGGUAUGUGUGGUUCCCCAAAAUCCCCCUCUGGACCUAAACUAGGUUUUGUGCAACAACCAAGUUCAAGUUUAUACCGAUCGUGUCCUUUUCUCGUGCCAACAAACCAAGUGUAUUUCGGAUCGGGUUAUUUGUAGUAAACCGUUGUGUUUUGAUUUAGAUUGCUAGCUAUGUUCAUGUGAUAUUGUCUGACAAAUUGUAGGUAUCAUAAGAUGUGGAAGUUUGCCUUUAGAAUUUACCAAUGAGAAUUUCAUCAACUUGAUCCAAAAUAUCUUCAGAGUUGGAUGUUAAUCGGUUAUGCGAUAUUAAGCAUUGUCAAAAGUAGUGUUUUUAUGAAUUACUUUGGGUCAUACUAUUUGUCACAGAGGAGCAAGAGAAAUGUUUAAAUCAUGACUUGAUCCUUUUUCUAACAAAUGCCUGGUAGAUCUUUGACUAUUUGAUAUCGGGUGUUCAUCUAAAAUUUGUGAAGGACCCGUUUCAUAAAGUAAUUAAUUGAUUUGUUUCAAACAUUGCAUUUGGCAGACACCAUUAUCCAUUUACAGUUUUCGCACUUACACAACUGUUUGAGUUAAGGGUUAAGGGCAUUUCACAAAAGCCCAGAAGUGCCAGCUUGGUUGUGCUGAGAUUUAAACUCAUGAACUUUCAGUCUUAACCACUGAACUUAACCACUAGUGGCACAGAUGAGAUACAUACACCCAAAGCAAAAAAUUAAGCAAGUUAAAAAAAUAUUUUUUAAAUCAGAGUGAAUCAACAAUUAGCAAAAAAGUGUGACAACUCGUCUACAUUUAAAUUGACCAAGAAAAUAGCUAUUAAUUUCAGUGUGAGUUUUUCGAUCGUUUUGCUGUUUUCAGCUAUGUUUGUAAGUUUCAGUGUUUGUGACCGUGAUUUUCGAGUUUUUGCUGUUUGUUUCUUCAGUUGGAAAGUUUCAGAAGUCUGAAUCGUUGCACAUUUAAACCAACGUGCAUAACGUGGUGCACUACCAAUAUGUUUAAUGUGAAAGUUCUGCUUAUUUUUUACCCAGUGUGAAAGUAAAUCUAGACUUUUGUCUCAUGGUUUUUGUUGCAGUUUGAUCAUCAUCAUUGACUGCCACAAGCAAAUCAACCCUGUUUUUUGCAAAACAUAUUAAAGUACUCUAAGAAGCGAGGUCAAUUUGAUGAAAAAUUGCAUAUUGCAUACAUUAGACUUGCCCCAACUAUAACUUUUGCAAAUGUACACUGAAUCAUAAUAUUAAACACGGCAUCAGACCAAAAUUAACUGACUUGUCGGUCUGUAGGCAGUUUACAGUAACAGCUUGAAUCAUUGGUCACACUUCUUAGGCUCAGAUUGCACAUACAAAUCCCAGCUUGUACCUGUUACUGUAGCUCUGACUUGCCAAGACUUGAUAAAUUAGCUAGAUAAAAACACUUUCUUUUUUUUGUUUUCAUUUUGUUUUUGGAAAAGUCAUGGGCAGCAUUUCAAUACUAUUUUUAACACACCAUCACCUUCUCCAAACCAGAAUCUCUGCUGCCAUCUUAAAGGAACAGUUCACCAUGUAACACAUCCAGUGUUUAUAUUAAAACAUAUUCUGAAAUAUAUAUUGAAAUUCUUCUUUUAAAAUUGUUUGCUAUUCCUAAGAGCAGUUGUUGGUUGCCCCGCUGAUGAAGGAACUGUCUUUAUUUAAUCGAAGACAAAUAAUGUUAGCAAUGUCAAACAUAAGGGAUGUCAGUCAUCGUUCAAUGUUAGUUCCGAAAGGUAAAAAAACAAUAACAUUAACCAACACUUAAUGUCACAUUAAUAAGAAUUGUGAUGGAGCUACACAAUGCAGUCGUGCUGAGUUCAGCAGUUUCAGAAAAAGUUUUUGAAAGUUGUAUACAACAAACGAGCGUGAAAAGCUUUGACGCUUUGGCAGCUGAUCUGUUUGCACACAGUGUACAAAUGGGAAGAUAAUAGAGCUGGACAGACUGAAAUUUAUGUUGCAUUGCCCCCCUUAGUUAAAGACCAAGUGAGAGCUAAUCUCACUGGAACCACUAUCAGCGGGUAGUCCAGUGGCCCUAUGGGUAAUGUGGGAAACUGUUAAGCCAAGUAAAAAUGAGAGCAGCAUGUCAUGAAGUUUAAAAAAAAAGCUAUGAAUAGUAAGACACUAGUCGUUCGGAGUGAACUUUUUCUUUGAGUCGUUCCAGUAGUGUAUUCGCUCAGUGCCAAGAAGUGUGUUAGAGCAAUAAGACGUUUAUGUUGUGUUAAUGUAGACAAACUACUUAAGAUACACAGUGUAGUAACACAGAAUGACCAUCUUCUACUGGCUAGUUAGGAAGCUAGCUAAUUUACACAGUCAGCAAACCAGCUAGAUUGAGCACCAUAUAUGCGGUAAUAUGAACAAAAUGUAAAAAGGGGGUGAGAAAAGUGCUCUUCAUUCACAUCAGGAUGCCAACAAGGGUGUGUUAAAAACAGUAUUGGAAGACCAAGAAUUAUUUCAUGACUGUAACGGUGAUCAUGUGUUAGUCUUAAGAUGAUACAUAUAUACAAAUCAUUUUAUAUGAAUGCAAAGCUAAAAUCGGUCAGUACUUCACUGAAUAUUUGCCAAGCUCUAUGCAGUUAUUAUGUAGGAUCGGCACUGUGCAUAUUUGUUACAUGCAUUUCUUGGUCAUUCCUCUUCAACAUGCAAGCAAUCUGGAGAUCUUGGUAUGUGUUUAGGCAUAUAAUUGACCAAAAGUUUUGAAAAAAAAAGAUUUUGACACAUCCAGUGUACAAUGGAGAAACAUAAUCAUGUGUCAAAAGCUCCUGUCAUUAAAGUGUCAUUGUCAGAUUGGAUUUCAUGACGUUAACAAACAUAUCGAAAUGAAAAUGCUGCAAAAACUAUGUAAUAGUAAAAAUGAGCCUGACCCUAAUGCCUGACCCACAUUGUGUUUCAUUUUAGCUUUAUUAAAUGAAAUAAAUAAAUAAAUGAAAUAAAUAAAUAAAGGAUUACAGCAUAGAAAAUCUAACACUAUAAUAACCUUUAAAAAAUAUUUUUCAAUUGAUUUACACUUAAAAAAAAAAAAAAAAAGUAUUUUUAUUAAUCAAAAAUUUUUUUUUAAAUGUGGCUUGUAGUUUUACCUUCAGAUGAGUUGUAAAUAUAUAUUGUGAAAUGAUAGCAGUGUGUUUUAUGAUUGAUUUUAUUUAUUUAAUGCAAAUGUAUUUUGGGUUUUCUGUAUUGAAAAUUUGCUUACUAACUGGAAAAUAUGAGAAUGAGUGUGUUUAUUAACCAUCACAGUGAAUCUGACAUGUGUAAUGAGCCUGCUUAUGAUUUCAAUUUAUAUAUAUAUAUAUAUAUAUAUAUAUAUAUAUAUAUAUAUAUAUAUAUAUAUAUAUAUAUAUAUAUAUAUAUUUACAGUAUAUAACAUUUUUAUUUGGGAGUUUUGCCUCAGGAUUCUUUUGCUAUCUGGCAGUAAUGCUUUCUCUUUUGAUACUCCUGAUCUAAUUUAUUAUUUUUGUCCACUGAUUGUUAUAAAGUUUGAAUUUCUUUAAAAAAAACUUUAUAAGACUAUAAGUGGCCACUUGUAGCCAUAAAUCCUGGAUAACAUAUGGCCACUAUAUUUUUCUCGCCAUUUUAGUUCUGAAUCCAUAAAUGUAUUUAGGUUUCUUUUCUGUCUUUUCUGUAAUUUAUCUUGAUAUUUUUUUUACCUUUUAUUUUUUUUUUUUACAGUGACAUUAAAUCACAGUGACGUAGUUGAUCAUUUCUAUUUUUGCUUUGCUAACGUGACAGGAUUAGCACAAGGUGUUGCUUCACAAGCCUUUGACGUGUAAAUAAAUGCUAAAAAAAAAUUGAUAAUAGUCUAGGAAGCUGUAUGGUGGUUACGUAGGUUAAUAACAGGGUACACAUGAAAAACACGGAGAGCUGAUCUGAUGUUGAAGCCUGUACUAACACGACAGUGGUGUUAUAUCAAAUUGUAAAAACUCAAAAAUACUGAUCAGAAAAUGAGCCUUUAACUUUUGCACAUCAAAAAGAGGUCUGAGUGUGUAAAACUCCUGUUUGUGAGUUAGGGACUAUUUCCGGUAUAUGCAUUUUGAAAGCUUGAGUCCUUUAAUGUAGAGAUAGGAGUGACUAACGGAUUUCAUACAACCCUUUGUAGGAGAUCUAGUUCAGUAAGUUGCAUAAGUUUUCACACCCUGUUACAAGAUUUAUUUUUAACCUUUCCAUUUACAAAAACGUCUAAUAUAUGAAGGUGCAAACUAUAUUUUUCUGUAAAUAUAUUUUUUUUACAUAUUUUAGUUGCAUAAAUAUUCAUUCUCAUUGCAUAAGUUAUAGUUAUAUGCAUCUGUUAGUUUUGUACUUUUGAAUUCUGAUAUAUUUGCAAAAUUGUUCAAAUUCUGUCAGUCUGAAUAGUGACCAGAUUGCCCCAGCUUCGUAUUGGGCUUUACCUUAGCCAGUUAACUGUGUUCUGAUUGUUGAUUUUGAAGGCAUUCCAGUGUUGCAGUAUGCAGGUUUCUUUUUUUAAAAUCUCGUUCAGACUAAAACUGAUUUUUUUAGUUGUUAAGUUGUUAAGUAUACCUGAUACUUUUUUAGAACAUUAUACUGGAAUGGUGUCUUCAAUUGCACUAUUACUAGAGAACAGAUUACAUCAGAAUUUAUUUUGCAGUUUCACAGCAACGGGGUGAAUAUUUAUGGAUUCACUUAAUGUAUUGAUUUUUUUACAGUCCUUGUAGUAUUAUGGGAUAUUUUGUGUUGAUUGAGGUAAAGAGCAAACAUGGAAAAAAUAAAUGAGGUGGAGGGAUACUUACCCAAGGCUCUGCAAGUUCACUCGAUUUUUCCUCAGUUGCAAGACAAAUAUUAUAUAAUAUUAUUUUUAGAAGCCAUAUGUAAAAUAUUUCAAGUUAGUCUGCUUAAAGACUCUACAAAAACAAGAUCACGAAUCAUGCUGUAAAUGCAGCAUAUGAAACUAUAUUAAACGUAGGCUGAAGGUACUGCACUGUGUGUGUAUGUGGGUGUGUUUUGUGAGAUUUGAGGUGCUCAGUGCAGUUCUAGGCCCCAUGUGGAUGGAAAUGAGUGUGAGAUUGUUAUCUAUCAUGCUGCAUUAAGUUAUUAUAAUAGAUAUUAUAAUUGAUGCGUAAUAGACUCAGGUAUUGGCUUUCAAAUGAGUUCUGGCACGUAUUAUUAACACCGAAUUCGGUUCCUGGCAAGACGUGCUAAUUUCUAUUGGGUUUGUCGCACUUUUGUGUUUUCUGUGUAGGGUCUUUUAGAAAUUAGAAGAAAAUAAUCAAUGGAGGCUUAAAUUGCAUGUAAGGUCGCUUACCAAAGCAAGCAAAAAGUGCAUGGCUUCAAAGGUCUGCUACUUAGCAUCCUCAGGCCCAGACUGCUUGCCAUCCAAUCUGCUUUCUCGAAAUAACUAAUUUCUUUCAACAACCACACAGAUCUCGACAUUGGCUAGACGACUUUUAUAAAUUUGGAGAUAAUUUUUUUAUUCGGCCAUUUUGUUGAAAGUCCCAAUAGACGACUGAAUACGAAUUUCCCUGAACAAGGGUCCUGUUUCAGAUGACGAUCACUUUUUUUUCCUUAUGCUAAUUAUUUUGAUAUGCACCUCUUAAUAGUUUAUAAUUUUUCUGCCAUCAAACUGCUUCACGUUUUACAGGCUGUAUGCUGUUUCAUUUGGUUUUCUUGAGAAAAUUGGAUAGCUCUUUUGCAAAUAUAAUAAACAAAAUAUAGACAUAGUAUGAUAAAUAAAUAAUACAUUUAUGAUGAAGUGAAUUAAACUGAUAUGAUGCCAUUAUGUCAUUGUGCUGAAAUCUGUAUAAAUAUUUAAUUACAUAUAUUAAAAUGCAUUUGCUAACCUA